AUGCGAGUCUCAACUCUCUGCCGUAGCGUGCCUCUCCUCGCCCUCGCACUUGCCUCAGCGACCAAAGCCGCCCACGACGCCAUCGCGCAACCCUACCCAGCAGCCGAAGACGUAGGCAACUCUGAAUCCGGUAAUAUUACCACAGGCGACGACCUCCCUGCUUCCUCCGGCUAUAUUCACUACCGCAUCAACGGCCCCGGCCAGAUCGCCGUCAUAUAUACCGAACCAAACUGUCCCCGUCGCCUCGGUGCCCAGCAGCUCUACGUUCCAGGAAACGACACCGAUACACCACCGGGGCUUCUGACGAUCGAAUACUGCUCUGCGCGCUGCAUGAACCUCCCCGGGGGCGUCCGCGGACAGAGCAUCGAGCUCAGUCUUGCAGGUCCUAUCAUCAUCGGCGAGAGGCCUGACCGCCCAUAUGCGCGCUUGUAUGAGACGACUGACUGCAGGGGCGUCGGGAAAGAGGCGUCGAUUCGGAAGGGCAAGAACUGGGCGUGUACUGAUAUCGAGGAUGGCUUUUGGAACCCCGCCCGUGAAGGAGGCUUCGACAGCUUCAUGGUCUGGGAAGGGUGCAAAUACCUAGAGACGGAGGAGCAGAAGGAGGAGAAACGGAGGAAUGGGAGGUUGAGGAAGGAGAGGGAGAGGGCUAAGGCGGAUAUUGAGAAGACUAGAUGGGAAGCUGUUGACAAGGAGCGCAAAAUCCAAAAGGAGGAGGGAAAGAUGGAGAGGAAGUUAGAGAAGCAGCUUCAGAAAGAGAGGUUGAAGCAAUGGGAGAAGGAGCAGAAGGAGAGGAAGAAGCAAGACAAGCUAGAUGAGAAGCAGAAGGAACGCAAAGAGAUGCUGCGUGGGAAACAUCGCAAGGCUGCUUGGGAUGCUCGAAAGGCGCAGCGCAAGAAGGAUAUGAAGAUUCAGUUUGAGGAGUGGAGACAGGACCGGCUUAUGGAGUUGAAGGAGGAUGGGGCGAGAGAGAGAGCAGAGCGCAAGGCUCAGCGCCAGAGGGACAAAGAGGAUCGCCAGGCGGAGCUGCUCGAGAUGGAGAAGCAGUGGGAACAAAAUCGCAGGGAUAAAAUUGUUCAAGAUGACAAGGAGUGGGAGGAACAGCUAGCCAAUGAGGCCAUUGAGAUGGCGAGGGAUAAGGAAGAAGAGGAGAUGCUGGAAGUGGCUGAGGUUGCGGCCGACGAAGAAAAAUGGGCCAAUAAGAAUAGAAAACGGGGCGUCAAAGGGGUUCGCCUCAAUAUACCCCCUAGUGGAUCAUCGAUCAGUAAAAUCACAUGGAAGUGGAUCGGUGUUGACGGCAUCGUUUGAAACUGAUAAUUUAGAUGCAUCUGCUUGUUAAUUUAUUUUGUUUUUGUUUUUUGUCUUUCGCAGCUAGCACCUCUAGAUCACACGGCAAGCUGGAAAGGAACGGAACUGGUUCUAGGCCAGAUGAGUCGCCAACUGCAUGCAUUUUCAGUCACAAGUUUUGUUAUGACUUUGCCUGCAUGAUAGGGAUCAGAGUACGGAAGGGCAAAAUUCUGUUGUUACUAUAUUAUUAUAGACUGCG